GCUUUUUCAGAUUAUCAAAGUGAUACACUUAUUGAGGAAAAGUGAUAUUUACAGAUAAAUAUCAAAAGAAAAAUCAUCCAUUCUCCUAUUUGGUAAAACCAGUGUCAGUAUUUUAUUCUAUAUCCUCUCAAUCUUUUUCUCAUGUGGAUAAUAAAUAAGUAAUAUUUUAAAUUCAAAAUUGGGAUCACCUUGUACCUAUAUUUCGUAAACCACCCAUAUUACUCAGCUGUAAUUAUGACCAUUUUCUACACACUUAAGGAUUUGAAAGGGCAUGACAUUUGAUAGUUGUAUAUUGUACUUUCUAGAUGGAUUUAUUCACUCAGAUCUCUAUUGUUAGACACUGAAUUCUCUUCCUCCUCUUUUUUUCUCUGAGGAAAUGUUUAGUGUACUUUAUGGAUGGUUUACUUUCUCAGAGUGCUAUUACUAGCGUUAGUGUUAGUUAUUUGGAUUUCUCCUCUUCCUCCUCCUCCUUUUUCUUUAAGAAAUGUUGUUUAGCCUAAUCCUCCCUCUGAAAUGCGCAGAGAUGUUUUUGGAACUGAGCGUGCUCAAUGCAGAUGGAGCCUGUGUAUGUAGCUAUCAUUGUUUCGGUACUGCCUUGAGACUGAAAUUUCCACACGAACAGGAAGGAAGCUGGAGCAUAGAUUAUGAUUUAAUCUGAAUUAAAAAUAGAGGGUUUUUAGCCUUUGGCAAAGUCAGUGAUAUACAUUUCAUCAUCUAAGACCUGGCGUUAGGAGAAUAGAGAAGAAAAUUGCUAUUUUGUGGUUACUGCUUGUCCUGUGAUCCCAGCUAGGAAUGGGCCAUGCAGAUGUGGUAGCCAGUGACUUGGUGUUGAUUUCAGAUUAGGAGCUGCCUCCCCACUGUUGGAUGGCCCGGGAAAGUCAUCUAGUCCAGCUGCCUCACUUAUGUGUGAGGAAACCAGAGACUCAAAGAUCACAAUACAAACCUCCAUGGUACAGAGCCAGGGCAGAAAUGCAAAUCCCCUGAAGGAGAAACUGUUAUGUCAUAACUUGAUUUCUGGCUGGUCCUCUGAGCUCUUUCUGCACACACAGGUGGGCACAUACUCAUUCCUUCCCACACACACACGCUAUUGGCACAUUGGUAUCAUGCACUUAAUACAAGUAGCUUAUGUUUAGUGCUUCAUUUCCUAAUCUCUAAGCUCUUUUUCUGCCCUCUUGUAUGAAUCUAUAGCCAAGUAUAAGAAAUAAUGGACUAGAAAUCAGAAACCAUAGUCUCUGAUUCACUGUUCAGGUUUGAGCGUGAUGUUACCUAACCUAUCUUUUUUCCCAUCUACAAAAUGUUCUAAAGGUAAUGACACAUGUGAAUGAACUGCGAGGCUCUGUGUGAGGGGGAAGGGGCGUGUGUUUUGUUUUGUUUUUUCAGGAUAAUUUUGACAGAGUUAAAGCUCUGGCACAUCAUGGUAAGGCGGAUCUGUUAUAACAGAGGUUGUUCUGGUUAUCUCUCAUUGCGUUACAAAUCACUUCAGAGCCUAGUGGUUUCGAACAACAACAAUCAUGUCUAAUCUCUCAAGGUUUCUGUGAGUCGGGAGUUCAGGAGAGGCUCUUCGAGGGCAUUGGUGUCAUGUUCAUAGCUCAGGCAAAGAUCCCUGCCACAACUGGGUCCCCGUGGGAAGGGAGAAGAACGUGGAGGACCAGUGUCUGAUGCUUGAAAAGUGGACCCCCAGAGGGACAUAUAUCUUUUCCACAGAUGUGCACCAGUUGCGUCCUGAAGUGUCAUCAGCUGUAACACAAGCUCCAGAUCCCAAAACCACAGCCAGGCCCUCCCGCUGCUCCCAACAACUGAAAGCCAUGGAGCUUUCCGACAGCGACCGCCCGGUCAGCUUUGGUUCCACGUCGUCCUCGGCCUCCUCCCGGGACAGCCAUGGUUCCUUUGGCAGCAGAAUGACCUUAGUUUCAAACAGCCACUUGGGCUUGUUUCCCCAGGAUAAGGAAGCAGGGGCCAUAAAGCUGGAGCUGAUGCCAGCCAGGCCGUUUUCCAGCAGCGAGCUGCCGAGGGACGGUGCAGCCGCGCAGCAGAACACGGACCAGGGCAGUGAGAGGCAGCCCUGGGCCCAGCACAGAGUGGACACCAACGGGGCGACCAAAACGGGGGCAGAAUCAGCCACCAGCCCCAAGCUGCUCUAUGUGGACAGAGUUGUGCAGGAGAUUCUGGAGACCGAAAGGACUUACGUGCAAGAUUUAAAAAGCAUCGUAGAGGAUUACCUUGAGUGCAUCAGGGACCAAAUGAAACUUCCUCUGGGGGCGGAAGAAAGAUCAGCCCUUUUUGGAAACAUACGGGAUAUCUACCACUUUAAUAGUGAACUUCUGCAAGACUUGGAAAACUGUGAAAAUGAUCCUGUGGCCAUAGCAGAAUGCUUUGUGUCCAAGAGUGAAGAGUUCCACAUUUACACCCAGUAUUGCACUAACUAUCCGAGAUCCGUGGCUGUGCUGACAGAGUGCAUGAGGAACAAGAUGCUGGCCAAAUUCUUCAGGGAACGUCAGGAAACUUUGAAACACUCACUGCCUCUGGGGUCCUAUCUCUUGAAACCAGUUCAGCGGAUUCUCAAGUAUCAUCUCCUUUUGCAUGAAAUAGAAAAUCACCUUGACAAGGACACAGAAGGCUACGAUGUGGUGCUUGAUGCUAUAGACACGAUGCAGCGAGUGGCCUGGCACAUCAACGACAUGAAGCGGAAGCAUGAACAUGCCGUCCGGUUACAGGAGAUACAGAGUUUGCUCACCAACUGGAAGGGGCCAGACCUGACCAGCUACGGGGAGCUAGUUCUCGAGGGGACCUUCCGCCUCCAGCGGGCCAAGAAUGAGCGGACGCUCUUCCUCUUUGACAAGCUGCUUCUCAUCACCAAGAAGAGAGACGACACGUUUACGUACAAAGCUCACAUCCUGUGCGGCAACCUCAUGCUGGUGGAAGUGAUCCCAAAGGAGCCCCUCAGCUUCAGCGUCUUCCACUACCAGAACCCCAAGCUGCAGCACACCGUUCAGGCAAAGUCGCAGCAAGACAAACGCCUGUGGGUUCUGCACCUCAAGAGGCUGAUCCUGGAGAAUCACGCGGCGAAGAUUCCAGCUAAGGCCAAGCAAGCAAUACUUGAAAUGGAUGCCGUUCAUUACCCAGGCUUCUGUUACAGUCCUGAGGGAGAGACAAAAGCCUUUUGUGGCUCUAAAGAUGGUUCUGCUUCAUAUCGGCUAAGAAGAAAAUCUGAACCUUCCUCAAGAUCGCAUAAAGUUUUGAAGACCAGCGAAACAGCACAAGACAUCCAAAAGGUUUCCAGAGAGGAAGGGUCUCCCCAGCUGACUUCAGCAGGGCCGUCUCCUGCCCAGAGGAACAGUCAGCGGAGCAGUUCUGCCAUUAUCAGCGUGCUUCGCGGGGGCGGGGCCGUCAGAAGCAUCUGGACGGACCACCAGAUCCGGCAAGCCUUGUUCCCCAGUCGGCGGUCUCCGCAGGAGAAUGAGGAGGACGAAGAUGAUUAUCAGAUGUUCCUGCCAUCCUUCUCCCCUUCAGAUCUGAACUCUGCCCGACUGUGUGAGGACAGCACUUCCAGUCGACCUUGCAGUUGGCACAUGGGACAGGUCGAGUCCUCGGAGACCCCCAGCUCUGGCCACAGGGUUGUGCGGCGGGCCAGCAGUGCUGGCGAGAGCAACACGUGUCCCCCUGACAUGAGAAAUAGGGACAGUGACAGCCCUCAGUACAGCUCCCGAAGGGAACUGCAGAAUGACCCUAACACAGAGGGGCUGGACGGGAUGACUCCCUUCGGGUCCUCUGUAGAGCUGACCAUUGAUGACAUAGACCAUGUCUAUGAUAACAUAAGUUAUGAGGACUUGAAACUGAUGGUGGCUAAACGGGAAGAAGCUGAAGCCCCUCCCCCCAAAUCAGCCAGGGACUCUGCUCGCCCCAAGAGCACCCCGGAGCUGGCCUUCUCAAAGAGGCCGGCAAGCCCAGAGAAGAGCCCUCUGCACCCCCAGAGAGAUGGUGCCUCCCCAGGCCGGGAGGCGUGGAACCAAAGCUCACGCGAACUCCAGGUGGUGGAGGAGAACGUCUAUGACACCAUCGGGCUCCCAGAGGCGCCCUCCCAGGACUUCAAGUGCAGCAGCCUAAAACGUCCCAAGAGGAGCACCUUCCUGGGCCUGGAGGCCGACCUGGGGUGCUGUGACAGUCUGAGGGCCUCUGUUUCCCAGGACAGCCUCCAGUUCAGCGAGGACGAGGCGCCCUACCCCCCGGGACCCUCCGGUAACGAUUAUCUGAGUUUGUUCUAUAACUCCUUCGGCUGCAACUUGUCCAUAGCGGAUCGGUCCAUCUCCGAUAAACUGUCUGAAGAAGUAGAUGAGAUCUGGAAUGACCUGGAAAAUUACAUCAAGAAAAACGAAGUCAAAGCCAGAGACCGGCUCCUGGCGGCGUUUCCCGUUAGCAAAGACGACGUGCAGGAGCGGCCGCUGGCGGGCAGCGCCCCAGAGCUGGGCGCGCGCUCCCCACGUUCCCUGCCCGCGGGCCGGGCCCCCCUCGUGCCGCCCAGAGACAGGCCGGGGCCGGUCUCCUGCACGCUUGACCUAACCCCAGCCUCCAAAGACGGCUCCUGCCUGAGUCUCCACCGGCUGUCGCUGGUCAGUGACCUGCCGCCCGUGGAGAGUCCCUACGACGUGGCCAGCAGCAGCCCAUCCCCUGCAGACCUGAAGAACCCUGACCCCGGCAUGGACACCGCAGACAAGACCAGGAGCAGGGUUUUCCUGAUGGCCAGGCAGUACAGUCAGAAGAUCAAGAAGGCAAAUCAGCUGUUAAAGGUGAAAAGCCCGGAGCUGGAGCAGCCGCCUGGCAGCCACAUGCAGAAGCAGGUUCCCAGGGACCUGGCGGCCAUCCUAGAAGAAAAGAAGCAGGGCGGGCCCGCCAUCGGUGCCAGGAUUGCUGAAUAUUCCCAACUGUAUGACCAGAUCGUAUUCAGAGAAACCCCCUUUAAGACUCAGAAGGAUGGCUGGGCCAGCCCUCAAGACUCCUCCAACCUCAGCUCUGCGUCACCUUCCCACACCCAACGCGGUAGCGAGGAUUGGCUUUUGCAUUCAACCUAUAGUAAUGGAGAGUUAGCAGAUUUCUGUCCCCGGCCAGAGCAAGACUUGAAGUCAAAAUAUCCCACUUUAGAGAUCAAUACGAAAAGUACCCCAAGACAACUGUCCGCAGCUUGCUCCGUGCCUUCUCUCCAAAUCUCCGAGCCUCUGCUGGGCUCCGUGCAGAGACACAGUGUGGUGGUCAGCCAGCCCAACAAAGAGAACUCCUGUCAGGGCCAUCUUUACAACUCUCUGGGACGGAAAGGAAUCAGUGCUAAAUCUCAGCCUUAUAACAGGUCCCAGUCAUCUUCCUCCAUCCUGAUAAACAAGUCCUCAGACUCCAUCAACUACCCUAGUGAAAUGGGAAAGAAACAGCUGCUGUCUUUACACAGAAGUUCAAGGUGGGAGAGUCACCAGGAUUUGGUGCCAGGUAUCGCUGACUCAGGUCAACAGGGCACUGAAAAACACUCAGAUCUCACACUCCAGGACUCACAGAAAGUUCUGGUAGUAAAUAGAAAUUUACCUUUAAGUGCCCAAAUAGCUACCCAGAACUAUUUUUCCAAUUUCAAAGAGACUGAAGGAGAUGAAGAUGACUAUGUGGAGAUCAAGUCAGAAGAAGAUGAGCCAAUAAGCAGCAAACUUGGACCAUAUCUGACAUCAUACAAUGAUUCUGACAAACUGAAUGACUAUCUCUGGAAGGGGCCACCUCCCAAUCAGCAAAAUAUUGUCCAGUCUCUAAGGGAAAAAUUCCAGUGUCUUAGUUCAAGCAGCUUUGCCUAAGUUUCUUAAGAGUAGCUGCCUGAAUUAACUUCUUACUGUGCUCAUGAAUUAGAGAUACUGAGAGAUGUUUUGUAUGUACCAGAUUAGAACAGUUUUGUAGUAACCAGAGAUGUAAAGUAUACUUUCUUUAACAGCACAACUUUUUGAAACAGCUGGCGAUCCAGCCAGGAUUGUACUGUAGCAAAUGUUAGCAUCUAACACUGUGUUUUCUGAUGUUGAUGGGCUUCGUGUUUCAUGUAAGUCAAUCUUACUUGAAAAUUUUAGGCUUUUUUUUUUUUUUUAAACAUGAUGGCCAUGGUAUUUUUUCCCAUAUCCUGACAGUUAGUGCCCAGACUUUAAGAAAUGCAAUAAUCAUUUCCUAUUAUCCAGAAGCCACAGGUAUACUAGGACUCAAAGGCAGCAAGGAGGACUUUUCACGUUUUUUAAAAAGAAAGGAUACUAAAGCUGUUUAAAGGAUUAUGCUUACCUCUGACAUUUUUGUUAAAUUUGUGCCAAGACCCUAGAGUAACUUAAACGAGGGAUCUCUAAUUGGAGUAUUGUCUAGGUGCCCAUUUUAGGGUUUCUAUGCUGGCAU